CAAUUAUCUGUCAAACAGUUGCAUCCCUGAUUUUUUGACACGAGUUGUUGGGUUUCUGCUUUGCUUCCUUUCCUUCUCUGUUUCUACUCAAAAUGGGUAUUAGCCGCGAUAGUGCUCACAAGCGCCGUGCCACUGGUGGCAAACGCAAAUCGCUCCGUAAGAAGCGCAAGUUCGAGUUAGGUCGUCCAGCUGCCAAUACCAAGCUUGGAGCUCCACGUAUCCACAAAGUACGCACACGCGGUGGUAACACCAAAUUCCGUGCUCUUCGUUUGGAAACUGGUAACUUUGCAUGGGCUUCUGAGGGUAUCGCUCGUCGUACUCGUAUCGCUGAUGUUGUAUACAAUGCAUCCAACAAUGAAUUGGUGCGUACCAAAACUUUGGUAAAAAACACCAUUGUUGUCAUUGAUGCUACACCAUUCCGUCAAUGGUAUGAGUCGCACUACGUUCUGCCUUUGGGUCGUAAACGUAACCCUAAGCACCAGAAAACUGAAGAUGAAAAUGACGUGCUGAACAAGAAGCGCAGUGAAAAAGUAAUGAAGAAAUACUUGGAACGUCAAAAGUUCGCUAAAGUCGAACCUGCCCUCGAAGAUCAAUUCAUUUCUGGACGUAUCCUUGCCUGCGUUUCAUCCCGCCCAGGUCAAUGUGGCCGUUCUGAUGGUUACAUCUUAGAGGGUAAAGAAUUGGAGUUCUAUCUUAAGAAAAUUAAAUCAAAGAAAUAAACAUCCAUAAACAAUAUCAAUGAAAUGGCGUUGAGUUUUUACAAAAAUUAAAACAAAUAAAAAUAAUGCUGCGUUUUUGUAACAUUAAGAAUA